CAGCACACGUAGCUCUACCUUCUCACAGUCUCACAAUGCUAGUACGAUCAAGACGUUUGCGGUGUCGACCGACUGGGAUGGAUUUCAGUGUGAUUUUGGCUUGGCAUCAAGUUGGCUGUCUGUUCUUUCCACAUAAAGGUAGGAGAAGGGUGUCUGACAUUGACUUGGAGAAUCAGAUAUAUACAGCAUAUCUUGGAUGUCAAGACCAGGACGUCGAUUCCUAUUGUUGCUAUCCUUGACUGCCAACCUGAACAACCAUGACCCCGCAAAUAAAGCUAUACACAGCGCAUCACUGUCCGUUCGCACACAGAGUUCAGAUUGCGCUGCGCGAACUCGGUCUCACAUUUGAUACCGUUUUAGUCGACAUUACCACACCACGCACGCCAGAGUACCUCGCCAUCAACAGCACUGGCAUGGUCCCAGCUCUCCUGUACGAUGGCCGCAUUCUUACAGAAUCCGGUCUGAUCUGCCAGUUCCUUGUCGACCAGUAUCCCGAGUCUCGGCUUGUGAAAACGAGCAGCGAAGAAGGCGGUGCGUUACAGAGAUACAUGAUCAGUUGCUUCGUGGAAGUGUUCAGCAAGACACAUGCAAUUUUCGAUGCGGUGGUCUACUCGCUCGGUUCACAAGAGGAGAAGGCGUCCAUCGCAGAGCAGUACAUCGAAGCAGUUGCAAAGAACGUAGAGCCAUUUUUGCAAGAUUCAGCACCGUUCUUCGGCGGAGCAUCGGAAGUGACACUGGCAGAGGUCCUCGCUGGCCCAUUCGUACUUCGAGUUCUCAAAUAUCCGAGUCACGCAGAAUUGGUGCCGAAUUGUGUUUUGACACGUUUGCAAGAACGAGCUCCUCUAUUCUGGUCUUGGGCACAUGCUAUUGAGGCCAAGAGCUCAGUAACAGCAAUCUGGGAUGAAGCUCUUGUAGUCGAGCGCACGUUGGAACGCAUCAAGAGGUCAAAGAUGGCAAGUAAAAAGUAAGCGGUGACAGGCAUGAAUGGAGGGCGAGUCGGGCAGGAGGACUUGUUUUCAACGUCCUAUGGUCGUAUGUGAAGGAGUAGCGUACCACUGUGGUUUGUAUUGCAGUUACAGUAUUGA